AUGGUAGAUGCUAUUUCUAGAGUAGUUAAAUUAUAGGUAGAAAACGACGACAAACCAAUAUAAAAUAUUUAAAUUGUCUAUGCUGUGAGGUAUCCAUCAUUUUUUGAGCUGCAGAUUAAAUCAAAGAAUCCUAAGGUAGAUAAAAAGCUCAUUAUUGAAAAAUCUGGAAAAAUAUAUGAAACUGAACUCAAUUGGAAAAGCUAAAUAGAAAAACCAAUUGAAACUUUGAAUUUUUCGUUUUUCAUGGGGGUAUUAUCAAUCCUAGAUAUAAAAUUCUUAAUUUUUGCAGAAAAUGUAGCUUAAACUUGUUCGAUAUAAAAACAUGAUAUAUUUGAAAUAUAAUCUCUAUGCUUCGUUUCGUUUAUUAAAAGCAAAGAUCUAUUUUAUGGAGAACAAGGAAUUUAAUUAGAACAACAAAUUACUAAUAUAAGAAACCUUUUCAAGCAAGGAUAUUACUUUUCCUAUACAUAUAAUCUAAGUUUAUCAAAGCAGAAGUAAGCAUUUAAAGCAGCAACAGAAUGGAGAUUCGCUUGGAACAGCCAUAUGUGCAAAGAUUUAAUUACAGCUAAAGUUAAUCCUCUAUGGACAAUUCCUGUAGUCUAAGGGUUUGUUUCUAACUUUUAAGUUUAUAUGGUAAGCAAAAAGCUAGAUUUCUAUCUAAUAGCUCGUCGCUCGUGUAAAAAAGCAGGGACUCGUUAUAAUGCAAGAGGUUUAGAUGAAGAAGGAAACGUAGCCAAUUACAAUGAAAUUGAAUAAAUUAUUUAUUUUAACCAAUACUGCUGCUCUCAUUUACAAAUUAGAGGAUCUGUACCUAUUUUCUGGUAAUAAACAGGGAUAACUGCUAGCUGCCAAAUUACUAAACCUUUUGAAUUAACUAAUAGCUCAUUUUUAAAGCAUUUUGAAGACAUUAAGAAGAAUUAUAAUUAUGUAAUAUGUGUAAAUUUGAUGGCAAAGUAUAAGCCAUCUGAAUAGUUGAUAACUGAAGGUUAUGAAGCUCAUAUCAAAAAUAAUAAUUUAAAUUAUGUAAAAUAUAAAUACUUUGACUUUCACGAUAUUUGUAAGAAUGAAUAAUACGAGUAAGUAAAUCCUAAAAUAAGAGAACUCCAUUCAUUUAACAGAAAUUUCCUCUAUUAUAUGGAGGAUAUCUCAACAAGAACUGUUUUCUUGGCAUAGAAGGGUUUAUUUCGCACUAACUGUCUUGAUUGCCUAGAUAGAACUAAUGUAUUCUAAAGUAAAAUAGCACUUGAUAUAUUAAUCGUACAACUAGAAGGGCUAGGAGCAAAUUUAGAAGAUGAAUUUGGUGAAGACCCUUUAGACCACAUAGAUAAAAGUAAGAAAGGACAAUGUGAUGCCUUUACUUAAAAAUUUAAAGAAAUAUGGGCUAACUGUGGCGAUAUGAUAUCAAAACAUUAUACAGGAACAGGCUCUACUCAUACUGAUGUAACUAGAGAUGGAACAAGAACUUUUGCUGGUCUAAUUUAACAUGGGUAAACAACUUUAAAUAGAUUUUAUUUAUAUAACUUUGAAGACCAUCUAAAAUAGUAAACCAUAGAUUUGGUACUUGGAUAAAAGACAGAUUUCAGCUAUAUUUAAGAAGAAAAUUAGUAAAUUUAUUAAUGUAAUGAUGAUAAUUAUAAAUUUCCCUAAGAACAAAGCAAAUAAAUUAAAUCUUGA